AUGGACCAUGAAGCUGAAAGGAAAUGCAGAGCAUGUUAUGGAUGCCAAUUGGUCAGCCAGCCAUCAAAUCCAGAGCCAGUACAGUCUACUCCCCUACCAAGCAGUCCAUGGGUAGAUGUUGCUGCAGAUCUUCUUGGUCCGCUACCCUCGGGUGAGUAUCUCUUGGUUAUAGUAGAUUAUUAUAGUCGAUACUUUGAAGUAGAAAUACUGAAAACUGUGACAAGUGACAAAAUUAUAGAAGCCAUGGAAAGGUGUUUUGCAUCUCAUGGUUAUUCAGUGUCAAUAAAAGCUGAUAACGGUCCACAGUUUAUAUCAGAACUGUUUGAAAGGUACCUAAACAAGACUGGUAUAAAGCAUAGACGUACCACUCUGUUUUGGCCACAAGCCAAUGGCGAAAUUGAGAGACAAAACAACACAUUGCACAAGCGCAAGGUCAAGAUUGGAAGAAAGAGCUAA